GUGUUGGAAUGAACAGGUCCAGGUCCAGCUCGGAUAAAAAAGCCCAGCCUCCAGUCACCAGGAUAACCCGCAGCUCCAGUUCCCAGACCAGGCACACGGACCCCGCAGAGACCCGGGAGUCUGGGCCGAGUCCCUAUGGAAAACAACGAAGGAAGCAAACGGACUCUGCUUUGGCCCGGGACCUCAGUCAGAUGAGUGUGAGCGGACAGGACGGUUUACCUACGAGUAAAGAGAAGAUGUCCAAAGGUAGCAGUGACCCUGCACAGACCGGUCAGUCCUCAGGAUCCAGGUAUGGUCGGGGCGGAUUAGCCUCUGUUGCUCGGCUGAUGAAACUCGGCCGCUGUAAGAACGUGGUGGUGGUGGCCGGAGCAGGAAUCAGCACAGCCAGCGGCAUCCCAGACUUCAGAACUCCAGGAACAGGUCUUUAUGCCAACGUGGAGAAGUACAACAUCCCUUACCCAGAAGCUAUUUUCAACAUCGACUACUUCUCCAACGACCCUCAGCCUUUCUUCUCCCUGGCCAAGGCUCUGUAUCCCGGCAGCCACCGACCAAACUACAUCCACUACUUCAUCCGCAUGCUUCAUCACAAAGGCCUGCUGCUCCGAAUGUACACCCAGAACAUCGACGGGCUGGAGAAACAGUGUGGCAUCCCAGAUGACAAACUUGUGGAAGCUCACGGAAGUUUUGCCACAGCUGCCUGUCACCUGUGCUACACUGCGUACCCUGCUGAGGAGGCUAAGCACGCCAUAAUGAAUGACGACGUCCCCGUAUGCACAUUCUGUGCAGCAACAGUUAAACCUGACGUUGUAUUUUUUGGAGAGGACCUUCCUCAGAAGUAUUUCCUUCACGCUGAAGACUUCCCCAAAGCAGACCUGCUAAUCAUUAUGGGCACAUCUUUACAGAUUGAGCCGUUUGCCAGCCUGGUGAACACGGUGCGCUCCACCGUGCCACGUCUCCUCCUGAACCGACACGCCGUGGGUCCCUUUGAGAGGGUCCCGCUGCGGAGAGGAGACCACGUGGAGCUGGGCGACCUGGAGGUCACGGUCCGGAGUUUUGCUGAAAUGCUCGGCUGGAACGAUGAGAUUGAGGAGCUGAUGAAGAGCCAGGAAACACUGAGCAUCCCUACAUGUUGUCAGAGCAGAAGAGCUCCAGAGCCUCCAGGUGGGACGGAGACAUCCAGGUCCAGACCAGGAGGUCAAAGAGCAGCCAGCAGCGGCAGCGAGGAGACCGACUCAGAGACGGACAGCAAAAGCUCUGCAUCGUCCAGCCGGAGCAAAUGAUGCUGCAUGUUUCAUAGAAGAAGAUGGAGACAGCUUGUUCGUCCUUAGUUUCCACUGAGACUAUUCUCCUGUUAACUGUAAACACACGUCACUUUCAUCUGCUCAUUUUCUGCUAGUGGGAAAAUGUCUUUUGUUGUCUACAUUGGAGAGAUCUCACCUCCUCAUGCUACGGUCACAUGGAAGUCAGUCUAUCAAGCUAUCAAGUAUAUUUAAAGCACUUAUUUCAGAGGGAGGGUCCGUCCUCCAGAACACUAAGAACAAUAUAUCUGAGGCCCUGGAACAAGAACGUUUCUUCAGGUGUUUUCUACGUUCCACGUCUGUAAACUUGUUAAUGUUUCGUAUCAGCACACACUGUAUUUUAAACAUUUAUAAAAAAUAUUGUGUAAUUUG